AUGGAAGGUAAUAUUGAGAGCUUGUUGAGCUGGCUGCGAGAUUCAGGAUCCUUUGCACUAUCUGGUAAGAUAAAUGCUGUUGAUACGAAAGACUGUGGUCGAUGUCUAGUAUUGACUGAAGGUGAAUUGAGGAAAAAUGAGUUGCUUAUAUCCAUCCCAAGUUCUCAUCAAUUGAAUUACUCCACCGUUCUAUGGAAUAUAUCUACUUUUAAUAAGAACAUUAUAAUUCCUGGUUUAAAACUAAAUUCUUCGAAAGAUAAUGCCAGUGAACAGACAGAGUAUGAUCUAUUUUACUCAAAUGACGAUCCAAGGUAUAUCGCUUAUGGUAGACUAACCUCUGAAUAUCUGUCCAAUUUAUCUUCUUUCCAAUUGCUGACAUUGUAUAUUCUGUCAGAAUGGAUUUUUUUACCAGUGUGGUCAGAUAAUAAAAUUAAGUCAGAUUGGUCCCCAUUCUUUGAUGUGUGGCCAUCUAAAGCUGAUUUAAAAUCGAUACCAACAGUUUGGAAAUUAUCCAAUGACUCAAAUCAUAGAUCGUUGCUAGAAGUUUUACCGUCUUGCUCUAGACAUCAUUUGGAUAGAAUAGCAAAAUUAGUUCUGAAAGACUGGAAUAUAAUUAAAAAUGUUAUAGAGAAUUGGAUCCAAGAAUUACCAGGCACUUUUGAAAUAGAUAAAAUAUUUGAAGAUUAUUUGCAUAUUUAUUUUAUUAUCAAUUCAAGGUGUCUUUAUUGCGAGGUGCCGACUAAAUCUGAUGACAUAUUUAGUAAUUUCACUUUAGUACCAUACGUUGAUUUUAUAAAUCAUACUGAUGAGGUUGGUGUUCAUUGCUAUCCUCAAGUUAUGAAAUCAAAUAUCAAUGGUUCUGGAAUUGGUGAAUUCUGCGUUAGAGUUGGUGAAAGAUCUUAUAAGAUCCAUGAAGAACAGAUACUCUUCAAUUACGGUGCACACUCGAAUGAUUUCCUACUUAAUGAAUAUGGAUUUGUUCUAAAUGAAAAUCAGUGGAACUAUAUUGAUAUAACUGAAGAUAUAGAAACUUUGCUUCUCACAAUUGAUGGGGCCAAAGAGUUCCUUCAAGAACACGAUUAUUGGGGGGACUACACAAUCAAUACAGAUGAAAUUAGUUAUCGAACAUUAGUUGCCAUAAGCUUAUACUGCACCAAAGAUUAUAGAAGAGUUAAGUUGUUCAUGGAUGGCCUCAUUUCAGAAGACUUCUUCUUACCAAAGAUCAAAGCAUUUCUUGUUGAAUUUUUAAACAGCAAAUUGAAAAGUUUUAGAACCAUUAUAUCAGAGUUAGAGAGUAUGAUUGAAGAUACUGAUGACACCAUAUGCAUAAAAAAUUUACACACUAUCUAUCGCGAUUACUGUAAUAUUAUCACACACCAUAUAGCAAAGGUUGAAUAA